AUGGACAGAAACGACAAAAUGCCAGACGAUAGUACUUUUUUUCAAAGUGCUCAAGGCCAUUGGCACAGUCAAGUUACAUCCCCGAGAGCUUCGGUUUAUACCACCAAUGUAAACAUGACUCUGACGUCGACACCUUCGAGAACGACAACUCAUGAUGGCAUCAAUCGAAGUAGCUCACAGUCGAAUUCAACAUCUUUUCAAGUACAUACGUCCACCAGAGAAUGGUUGCCAGCUGCUACUUCAACACCACUUUGUGUAGUGUCUUCGGCAACAAUGCAUUCUUUGGAAGAUGAAGAAAAUGAAUUGUUUGGCAAGAUAAGGCAGUCGGUUCGAGACCUUCCGCAACGACCCAAUCGACAAUAUCCAUUAUCUCGAAUCAUUAAAUGGACUGUCGAUGAACUGAUUCACCCAACUUUGGUCGAAACGGAAAAAAGUCGAAACAAAUCCCGAAUUGCUUCAAGUGAAAAAAGUUCGACAAAAAUGAAAGAACGUGCUCUCAAUGAAAUGGUACCGGUGGGAAUGAUUUAUGAUGAAGAAUUGGCAAAAGCAACAAUGACUUCGUCAGCUUUAGCUAUUUUUCCAACGAAUACUGAAAUUUAUCAAGGGAUCAAUAAAGUUCGUCGGAGAGCAACACCAGCACUACCACAAUCCUGUUUAUUCACAAUUCCUGAUAUAUAUAAAUCUACAAUUGAUGGAAAUCGAUUUUUACUAUGUGAUGAAUCACGUGUGAGACGUGAACGUCUCUUGUUAUUCUCAAGUGAUGAUCAGCUUGAUUUAUUAUUUGAUUCGCCUAUGGUAUUUAUGGAUGGAACAUUCAGCAAGUCACCGCCUCAUUUUUGUCAGAUUUAUAUUCUUCACGCAGUUAAUUUUGACAUAUGUCUACCAUGUGUAUUUGGAUUGUUGGUUAACAAAAAGUCGAUCACAUAUAAACAGCUAUUUUUUAAUUUGAAACAAAUUGCAUUGGAACGUGGAAAAUGUUUUUCACCAGAAGUGAUAAUAACUGAUUUUGAAUCAGGCGUACUUCCUGUAUUAAAAUCUGAAUUCCCAUCGGCGAAACAUUUAGGAUGCUUUUUCCACUUCUGUCAGGCGAUAUAUCGUCAAAUACAAUUUCUUGGAAUGCAAAAGAAGUAUACAACAGAUGAAACACUUCGAUCUUUGUGUCGAAAACUGAUGGCAUUAGCACUGAUGCCGAAAGAUAAAGUUGUAUGCAGUUUCGAAGAAAUACAAUACGAUGCUUAUAAACUACCUGAUCAACCAAUGGAUGAUUUACUCGAAUACUUUCAAGAUAAUUGGAUGACUAAUAUCGAUUCAUGGAACGUAUCUGAAUCUGAUGUUAGAACUAACAAUAACUGUGAAGGUUACCACAAUAGAAUGAAUUGCCGACUUAUACGUAAUCAUCCGAAUCUCAAUGGUCUAGCGGAGCAUCAAAGAAAAAAAACACUCGAAAAACAGCAAUUGAAAAACGCAUUAAUACAUUGUAUAAACGCUAUACCGAUGAUCUUAUUGGUGCAUCUACACUUCUUACUGGUUUGUCUUUAUUUGUGGCAAAGAAAUGCAACGCAAAAAUCUUCAAAAAACAAGAAGACGAAGAAAAUGAAAGUAACAGUUGAAUCGGCGAAUGAUGCAAGCGGUAUAGGACCGAAUGCAUCUGAUCAACGUUUUCAGUCACCGCAUGGUUUCCAAAUAGUGAUGCCGCAAUAUUCGAAUAUUUCCAAUCAAAAAUUAAAAGAAAUGUUAUCGAAUAUCAAUGAACAUAGUCAUUAA